AUGGCGUCGCCGAAGAAAGCCAAGCUGCGGGCGAGGCCGAGGCGGCCUCUGCUGCUUCGUCGAGCCAUGCUGCAUUCCUCCCUCUGCUUCCUCGUGGGCCUGCUCGCCGGCCUCGCCCAAGUCUCCCGCUGGACAACCGUGGCCUCAACCGCCGCCACCGCCCACGUCUUCCGCGCGCUCCACGCCGUGGACGGCGCCAUCAACCAGACGGUGCUCCUGCUCCAGCAGCAGCAGCAGCAGCCGCAGAACCGACCGGAAGACGCCAUCCCCUCGCCGGCGCCACUGCGGCAGCCGCAGCUGCUGCUGGUGGUGACGGCGACGGAGCGUUCGGACCCGGAGCGGCGCGCGGCCGGGCUAACGCGCGCGGCGCACGCGCUGCGGCUGGUGCCCCCGCCGGUGCUGUGGCUGGUGGUGGAGCCAGCGCGGGAGGCGCGUGAGACUGCGCGCCUGCUGCGCGGCGCCGGGGUGGCGUACCGGCACCUGGCGUACGGCGAGAACUUCACGGCCGGCGAGGUGGAGGCGGGGAAGGAGCGGCACCACCAGCGGAACGUGGCGCUGGGGCACGUGGAGGAGCACCGGCUGGAGGGGGUGGUGCUCUUCGCCGGCCUCGGCGACGUCUACGACCUCCGCUUCUUCGACCAGCUCCGGCAGAUCAGGACGCUCGGCGCGUGGCCGGCGGCGAUGGUGUCGGAGCGCGAGAAGAAGGCGACGGUGGAAGGGCCGGUGUGCGGCGCCGCGCCGUGGAUGGUCACCGGAUGGUUCUCCAGGGCCGACGCCGCGGCGCCGGCGACGGUGAGGGCGAGGCCGCCUGCGGUGGACGUGCGAGGUUUCGCGUUCGGCAGCGCCGUGCUCUGGGACCCCAAGAGGUGGGACCGCUUCCCCGUCGACGAGCCCGACGCCUCGCAGGAUUCAGUGAAGUUUGUGCAACGUUUGGCUGUUGAGGAGUACAAUAAGUCGAGGGGAAUGCCUAAUCACGAUUGCUCGGAGAUCAUGGUGUGGCAUGGUGAUCAGCUCGUCCCUACCUAGCUUACUCUCUAGCUCUCAAGUAAUCAUAAUAUAUUGGCAUUUGGACUAAUUAGCACUACGAGAUCACAUAUUCAUGCAAUUUGGUUGCAAGAUAGCUAAGUUUUGCAAUAUAAGGGUAAUAGCUAUAAAUUACGAGGUCGAGGAAAUCACUAGAUCAUCAAAUUGUUUCGUCCACGGUGAUCAAGA